AUAAAUACUAAAUAGAACCUUCGCCUUCGGUAUAUCAAUGUUUUAUAUAAUUUGGUUGAUAUUCGUUGUUUUUGCGAAUACAAAUAAACAACAUUUUAAUCAAUACGAAAAAAGAGGACAUUGAGAUCUUAAACGGGAAAUUAAGAAAAUGGACUUUGCGCAGAAAGAUGAUAUCAAAGAGAGUAUCAGAGAAAAAGAAGAAAAUUCAGAUGUUGAACAAAAAAUUAAGAAAAGGGAAACUGAGCAAGAAGAAGUAAAUUCAAGGAAUAUCCGAGAAAAAGAAGAAAAUUCAGAUAUUAAUCAGAUAAUUAAGAAAAAGGACCUUAAGCAAGAAGAAGUUAUAACAAGGAAUAUCAGAGAAAACAAUGAAGAUUUAGAUGUGGAACAGAAAAUUAAGAAAAAGGAAACUGCGCAGGAAAUAGUUAUCCCAAGGAAUAACAGAGAAAAAGAAGAAAAUUCAAUUAUUGGACAGAAAAUUCAGAAAAAGGAAGAUGCGCAGGAAGAAGUUAUCCCAAGAAAUAUCAGAGAGCAGAUAAAAAAUCAAAUAGAAGACUGGGAAAAGAAUGAUAAGAUGUUUGUGUGUACCCGAGCAAGUGAUUACGUUAUUGAAUGUUUAAAGAAUAAACAUUGCGUCACUUUAACUGCCCCAUCAGGUGUAGGGAAAUCUUUUAUCAGUAGGCAUACCGCGCUGAUCUUACAGAAGGAGGGAUACAACAUAAUACCAGUGUAUUCGCCUCAAAAUAUUAGCGAUUAUUUUCAACCUGGUAAAAAAACAGUCUUCAUUAUAGAUGAUAUUUGUGGAAACUUCAUUGCCAACCAAGUUGAAAUUUUGAGCUGGAGAGAACUUUUACCCGUUGUAAACAGAAUUAUUGCAGACAAAAGUUGUAAGAUUAUUGUUUCUUGCAGGUUGCAAGUUUAUAAGGAUGGUGGUUUUAAUAUUUUAUUACCUUUUAAGUCUUGUGAAUGUAACUUAAUAUCAGACAAUUUGCGUCUUACACCUGAAGAGAAAACGAGUAUAGUAAGAUCCUAUAUUGACACAAGCAAGCUUGAUAUUGGUGAAAUAUGUCAAACAAGUGAUUGUUUUCCACUUUUGUGUUAUUUAUAUCAUGAAAAAAAUUGUUCAGAUGUCAAAGAAUUUUUCAGAAAUCCUUUUGGUGUCUAUAAAAAUGAGUUAGACAUUUUAAGUAUGAAUGGCGAAGGAGGGAACAUUAAAAUGUGCAGUCUUGCGUUAUGUGUUCUUUUUAAUAAUAAGUUGGAAGAAGAAUGGUUUCAAGGUGAAGUUACAGAUGAACAACAAUAUCUCAUAGAAGACAUAAAUGAUACUUGUGACUUCCGCAUUGGUACAUCAAAGGAGAAACUGAAAAAAGCACUCGACAAUCUAGAUGGUACAUUUGUCAUUACUAAGAAUGGUAUAUACAGAGCUGCACAUGAUAAAUUAUUUGACUUCCUUGCUCAUUACGUUGGUCAUAAAAUGACUAAAUGUUUGAUAGACCAUGGUGAUAGCCAUUUAGUACAUGAACGUUGUAUUUGGCGUAAAUCACCAGAUCACAAGAACAGUAACAUAGAUUUCAUUAUUGAAAUACAUGAUGACUAUUUAGAAUCAUAUAUAAAAAGGUUUAUAAAGGACUGGUCAGCCGGAAAUGUAGUAGUAGUGUUUGGUAGCUAUAAUUUUAGAGUACCAUCAUUUAGACAGCAGUUAUUACAAUACUUAAUACAACUGGACAAUUCAGAACAAGUGGUAUUGGCAAAUACUAAGGAUACGUUAUUACCAAAGGAAAACUGUGGAUCAGGUAGUACUCCCCUGAUUUGUACUUGUAACGACGGGUAUACUGAUAUGGUACAGUGGAUCUUAAACAAUGAUGUAGAUGUUGAUCAGAGUAGAAUUGAUGGUAACACUGGGUUGAUCAUAGCAUGUAGGCAAGGGCAUGUUGAUAUAGUAAGACUGCUGUUACAAAAGAAUCCUAUUAUUGAUCUAUGUAACCAGAAUGAGAUCGAAGCACUGAACUGGGCAUGUUAUAAAGGGUAUACUAGUAUUGUAAACAUGUUAUUAGAAAAGAAUCCUAACGUUGAUCUAUGUAACCUGAAUGGGAUCACAGCACUGAACUGGGCAUGUUAUAAAGGGUAUAAUAUUAUUGUGAACAUGCUUUUACAAAAGAAUCCUAAUGUUGAUCUAUGUUCCAUUGAUGGCCGAAGUCCUCUUUUCAUGGCAAGUCAGAGAGGACAUACUGAUAUAGUAAGGGUGCUGUUAAAAAAAAAUGCUAAUGUUAAUCUGUGUACAAGUGAUGGCCGUAGUCCUCUUCACAUAGCAAGUCAGAAUAGACAUACUGAUAUAGUAAGGUUGCUGUUAGAAAAGAAUCCUAAUGUUGAUCUAUGUACCAAUAAUGGAAAGACUGCACUGACCCUCGCUUGUGGUAAAGGUUAUCCUGCUAUUGUAAACAUGCUAUUAGACAAGAAUCCUAAUUUUGAUGUAUGUGUCAGUGAUGGUUGUAGUCCUCUUUACAUGGCAAAUCAGAAUGGUGAAAGAAUGAUUGAAUGUUUUAUAGACUAUGGUGAUAGCUAUUUUGUACAUGAAAGUUUUAUUUGGCAAAUAUCACCAGAUGACAAGAACAGUAAAAUAGAUUUUUUUAUUCAAAUACCUAAUGAUUAUUUAGAAUCAUAUUUAAACAGGUUUAUAAAGGACUGGUCAGCAGGGAAUGUAAUAAUUGUUUUUGAAAGCUCUAACAUGAAAGUAUCGUCAUUUAGACAACAUUUAUUACAGUAUUUAACACAGUUGGAAAAUUCAAAACAAGUAGCAUUGGCCAAUACCAAGAAUACAGUGUUUCCAAAGCACAACAGUGGAAUAGGUAGUACUCCCCUAAUAUGUACUUGUAACGCAGGUUAUACUGAUAUGUUAUUGUGGAUCUUAAACAAUAAUGUAGAUAUGGAUCAUAGUAGAAUUGACAGAACCACUGGACUCAUCAUGGCAUGUCAAGAAGGGCAUGUUGAUAUAGUGAGACUCCUGUUACGUGAAAAUCCUAAUGUUGAUCUAUGUGACCUGAAUGGGAUCACAGCACUGAACUGGGCAUGUGAUAAAGGGUAUACUAUUAUUGUGAACAUGCUUUUAGAAAAGAAUCCUGAUGUAAAUCUAUGUUCCAGUGAUGGCCAUAGUCCUCUGUACAUAGCAAGUCAGAAAGGAUAUACUGAUAUAGUAAGAUUGUUGUUAGACAAGAAUCCUAAUGUUCAUCUAGGUUCCAGGGAUGGUCGAAGUCCUCUUUGCAUAGCAUGUCAGAAUAAACAUACUGAUAUAGUAAGGUUGCUGUUAGAAAAGAAUCCUGAUGUUGAUCUAUGUAACAAUAAAGGAAAGACUGCACUGUUCCUCGCUUGUGGUAAAGGUUAUCCUGCUAUUGUAAACAUGAUUUUAAGAAAGAAUUCAAAUUUUGAUGUAUGUGUCAGUGAUGGUUGUAGUCCUCUUUACUUGGCAAAUCAGAAUGGUAAAAAAAUGAUUGAUUGUUUUAUUGACCAUGGUGAUAGCAGUUUUGUACAUGAACGUUUCAUUUGGAAGAUAUCACCAGAUGACAAGAACAGUAAAAUAGAUUUCUUUAUUAAAAUACCUGAUGAGUAUUUAAAAUCAUAUUUAAAAAGGUUUAUAAAGGAUUGGUCAGUAGGGAACUUAAAAGUCGUUUUUGAAAGCUCUAAUAUAAAAGUAUCAUCAUUUAGACAACAGCUAUUGCAGUAUUUAGUACAGCUGGACAAAUCAGAACAAGUAGCAUUGGCCAAUACCAAGGAUACAGUGUUUCCAAAGCACCUCUUUGGAUCAAACAAUACUCCACUGAUAUCUUCUUGUAACCAAGGUUAUACUGAUAUGGUACAGUGGAUCCUAAAUAAUGAUGUAGAUGUAGAUCAGUGUAGAGAUGAUAAGGUCACUGGACUGAUCAUGGCAUGUCACGAAGGGCAUGUUGAUAUAGUAAGGCUGCUGUUACAGGAGAAUCCUAACGUUGAUCUAUGUGAUAUGAAUGGGAACACAGCACUGCUUUGGGCAUGUUUUAAAGGGUAUGCUAAUAUUGUGAACAUGUUAUUAGAAAGGAAUCCUAACGUUGAUCUAUUUUCCAGUGAUGGCCGUAGUCCUCUUUACAUGGCAAGUCAGAAAGGACAUACUGAUAUAGUACGAUUGCUGUUAGACCAGAAUCCCAAUGUUGAUCAAUGUUCCAGUGAUGGUCGUAGUCCUCUUUGCAUUGCAAGUCAGCAAGGACAUACUGAUAUAGUAAGAUUGCUGUUAGACAAGAAUCCUAACGUUGAUCUAUGUGACAGUGAUAGCUGUAGUCCUCUUUCCAUGUCAAGUCUGAAUGGACAUACUGAUAUAGUAAGAUUGCUGUUAGAAAAGAAUCCAAAUGUUGAUCUAUGUACCCAUUAUGGAAAGACUGCACUGAACCUCGCUUGUGAUAAUGGUUAUACUGCUAUUGUGAACAAGCUGUUAGACAAGAAUCCUAAUGUUGAUCUAUGUGACAGUGAUGGCUGUAGUCCUCUGUACACAGCAAGUCAGAAAGGAUAUACUGAUAUAGUCAGAUUGCUGUUAGACAAGCAUCCUAAUGUUCAUCUAGGUUCAAGAGAUGGCCAUAGGCCUCUUUACAUAGCAAGUCAGAAAGGAUAUACUGCUAUAGUAAGAUUGCUGAUACACAAUAAUCCUAAUGUUGAUCUAUGUGACAAUGAUGGGUGUAGUCCUCUUUCCAAGGCAAGUCUGAAUGGACAUACCGAUAUAGUAAGAUUGCUGUUAGACAAGAAUCCUAAUGUUGAUCUAUGUGACAGUGAUGGAUGUAGUCCUCUGUCCAUGGCAAGUCAAAAUGGACAUACUAAUAUAGUUAGGUUAUUGUUAGAACAGAAUCCUAAUGUUGAUCUAUGUGGCAACCAUUGUUUAACACCACUGAUACAUUUAUGUAAGAGAGAUGACACCAGUGUAGUCAAACUACUACUUAGACAUAAACCAGCCAUAAAUUUCCAAACAUUACUUGGUGGAAAUGCAUUACAUUUCAGUGUAAUGAAUGGAAAUAUAGAGAUAACACAGUUACUGUUAGAGAACAAUGCGGACUGUAAUGUAUGUGUUCAUAGUAAACAAACAAUAACAGAUGCAAUAUAUACACUUUCACCGCCUGCGUUAGACAGAUUUAAACAAACUCUUUUUGUAAAUUUUCUUGAGGAUACAUUAUCAAAUGUAGCAGAUUAUGUCAGUAAGAAGUCAGAAGAUUAUACUUUUGAUGUAUGGGCUGGUUCGUCUCCUUUACACAUUGCCUGUUUUUUUGGUACAAUAGAUAUAGUCGAUUGUCUUCUGGGUUACAAUGCUAACAUCAACAUGACAAAAGAAGAUGGAACAACACCGUUAAUUUAUGCAUGUGAAGUAGGACAUGAGGAUGUUGUGCGUUUAUUGUUGGAUAAAGGAGCAGAUACAGAGAUCCUGAGGCUUGACAGAAAAUCCGCUUUAAACAUUGCAACGGAUAAUGGACAUAAAUCUAUAGUACCGAUGAUAACAAAACACCUGAAGGGGGAAAACAAUGCUUCUAAAUGAUAGUAAUGUCAGAGGCAUAAUCACUUAUGCAGUCAAUCUUCAUCUUUUGUUUUCCUGUAGCAUCGUUGGAAAUUGUUUUAUUUCACCGAAACUCUUCUAAGUGCUUCUGUAGGUUUUUGCUGUUCAUGAUGCAUUUGUUGUGAUUUUAGUUUUCUGGAAUUGCCAUAUGUGUGGUCUCUUUUUUUAAUUCAUUUUAAUUAAGUGAGUGUCACGCUCUGUUCACUCUCCUUAAUUCUUUCUGUAUUGUUUUUGAUUGCUAUCUUUAUUAUACUAAUGACUCUUACUCUAUAAAGGAAAGAUAAGAGGUACCAAAGAAAUAAUAGCAGGCAUUUGAAUCUUAACUUUUAUCUCGUCUAUCUUUACCCCCACUGCGUAAUAUAUGUUGAAAACAAAUUCAGUUUUUCACAUGCUUGUUUUCUUAUUUCUUGAAUGAUGCGUCUAUUUAACUCACAAAUUUAAUUUUUGCCAAUGACUCAUAAGCCUGAUACAUGUCAGUUAUAGGGGAAGAUAAUUUUUUCCAUUGCCUUGUGGAUUUUGUCAAGAUAUAAGGUAGUGCUGACCAGUUUAUGAAGCUGAAAUUAAAAGCAAAACGAGUUUACAUGAUCACUUUCCUCAAAAAGUUAUACUUAUAUGCGGGUAUAAAUAUGUCAUUGUAUACAUGCUGCUUUAAAAUUUAUGCAACUGUAAUCAAUAAAAAUCACGGAAAAGUGAUUAACUCAACGCUUUGGACCAUUUCAACUCAUUAUUUGAUGUAAACUUAUUUUGGUUGUUAUAGGUUUCAAGCAAAACUAAAAAUAACAAACAACAAUUAAACUGCUAGAGUCUGAGGAGAAAGUUGAUAAACUAGGGAUAUGUCAAAGAACGUCUCGUUCUUUUUCUAAAAUAGUUCAUCGGAAGAUACCGAGAACUUUUAGAUACAUAUUUCGUAUCAACUUCACAAUAUUUAUAAUACAUAAUGGUUUUGAAGUAUAGAUUAUAGGUACUGACAUUAUUUAUCAUCUUAAUAACAAGUUACAGUGUUCUUUAAUUUGUCUUUGUAGAUUAUUGACCUAAACUAUUUAGUCCAUUUUAGAAAAUACACUUUUGGUGUGGCCCAGUACUCGUGCAAUCCGCCAAUGUGUUAUUGUGCUGUGGUCUUUUAUUUUUAUUUUUGCUUAUGUGCUUUGUCCAUAUGCCAUUUUGUUUUCCAUGUUGACAUAUUUGUUUGUUUUAUAGUGAUAAAUAUUAUAACACAAUGUUGACUGCUGUACCCCUAUUUUUGACAUUUUUACCAAUUAUGAUUCUUUGUUUUGUUCACACGUUGUUUCAAAUAUAAUGGAAUUUUGUGCGUCGGACUGUUAUACAAUGAGAGGUUUAUCUAGCUAUAAAACCAGGUUUAAUCCACAAUUUUCUACAUAAGAAAAUGCCUGUACCAAGUCAGGAAUAUGACAGUUGUUUUCCAUUCGUUUGAUGUGUUUAUGCUUUUGAUUUUGCCUUUUGAUAAGGGACUUUCCGUUUUGAAUUUUCCUUGGAGUUUACUAUUUUUGUUAUUUUACUUUUUUUCCUUUGAUAUUUGUUAUAUCUAGUGCAUGGUAUGACUGUUGUCUCAUAAACUUUCAACCAAUUAACAAGUAAAUGAAAAACCUUUUCAAACCAAUGUUAUUUGAUAACAUUUAAUCGUAAUUAGUUAACCCCUUUCCAAAAAUAAUAAGAAAAACAUAACAAAAAAAAUGUAACCUAAUUGAAUAAUGUGAUUGGUCUAGAAAUUCUAAAAAGUUCGUAUCUUGUAAAAUACGGUUAAGCCCAUGAAAUAUUAUUUGGUCAAACGACAAGAUAGUUGAGAAUAAAAAAAACUUAAAUAUUAUAUAGGAAUAAAUGUGGUGUACUGACAAUGUAAACAGUGUUAAAAUUUCAUUGUAUUUGAUUGAUAUUAUACAUUAGCUUAAAGAGAGAGGGGCUUUUUUCAUAAGCUGUGUUAAGUUGUAAAAAGUGAGGUUUUAGUGAAACUACUUUUUAGAGUUGAUAUAUGUAUAUGUAUAUUUUUUUUAUUUCUAACAACUUUGUAUCUUGUUUUUAAAUUGAAUAUCUUGAUAUUCCCUCGUCAUGCUACAUUUAUGCAACUUGAUCAUGUUGAUAAACAGGAAAUCUGUACACCGAAUAUUAUCAGAUUAAAGUAAAUCUUUAUAUUUAUACCGUUUAUAUAUUCCAUUAUCAACCUUGAGUUUGAUGCUGUGCUUGUUUUAAUUCAGAUACAAUUUGUUCUUCAUCGUUUACAUUUCCCUUGUAGUUUUGAUUGUACAUAGCUGAAAUUUGAUUAUUAAAGGUUACACCAUUUGAAUAUGCAAUAUUACAUUUAUCAAUAAAAUACUUUUAACUUGUUCAA